AUGCCUCGCGACCCGCUCAUUGCACUUGUCGGCAAGCCGUCAUCUGGCAAGAGUACCACCUUGAACAGCUUGACGGAUGCCACAUCCAAAGUAGUUCCCAACGUCGGCGACAAGCCUCUUGUUGAAAGAUGUAAACCAAACUAUGGCGUGUGUAAUAAUGGAACUCGCUCUGUACCCAUUGAGCUGCUCGACGUAGCCGGCCUGGUGCCUGGUGCACACAUGGGCAAGGGUCUGGGAAACCGCUUCUUGGAUGAUUUGAGACAUGCAGAUGCUCUCAUUCAUGUCGUCGAUGUCAGCGGAACAACCGAUGCAGAAGGCAAAGCUACAAGAGGUUAUGACCCCAGUGUCGACAUUGAGUGGCUGCGCUCCGAAAUUGUUCGCUGGAUUCAAGGCAACCUCAUGGAGAAAUGGUGUGUCUAG